AGCAAGCAAGCAUAACUAAACCGCGCGGCAAGCCCGUAUCGGCCACUGAUCGGGACAAAAUUAGUCGCGGCACAAUCACAAACGCUACGUAAACGGCUCAUUGAGCCGAAAUCGGCUGCAUAGGAAAUCCUAGUGGGAGUUACAUUGGACGUUAGUGAAGAGCACAACAGCGGUUUUUGGACUCGCGCGCGGCGCAAAAUUUCAGUUUCAGCGUCGAGAGGAGUAACAUAUGUCACCAGAAAACGUACAAGUCUCGCGCCGCGCCGGCGCCCUCGCCGCGGCCAUGAACGCCCGCCGCGUCCAGCGGGCGCGACUCCGCGCGGCGUUCUUCAAUCGGUGGCGCGCGACGACCCUCGCGGCCGCCGUCCACGCGACGCGACGCCUCUUGGACCCGACGCCCCGACCGGAGCCGAGCCCCGAAGCGGCUAUCGGUGCCUUACGCCGCGAUCUCGCGCGAGUGCUCGUGAAGGACUCGGCGCUCGACGAGAGCUGCAUCAAGGCGGCCGCGGCGCGAGCGAGCGCCAAGCGGCGGCGGCGCCCGCUCACGCCCAUUUCGCCGCCGCCGCCGCCGCCUUCGGUUCAGAAGGAGAACGUCUCGCCGGGCGCGCGGCGCGUCAAACAACUCGGCCGCGGCAUCCGACGGCUCUACGACGCCUACGCGACAACGCACGCGAAGAAGCUCUUCCCCGACGCGGCAGUGGACCUCUUCCGCGACUGCGGCGUCGUCCCGGCGCACGCCUCCGCGGAUGAUAUCAAGGCGGUCGUAGGAACGGAGCCGAUCGACUACGGCGGCUCGUCCGCGGCGUCGACGCGUCGUGACUUCGACGUGGAUCGAUCGCGGCGAUGCCGUGCCGGCGGACGCUGGCAACGACUCGGUUCACACAGGCUUCUGCAGGGCCGUCGCCGAGCUCGGCCACGUGUGCUUCUGCCGCGCCGUCGACGUCGAGGGCGUCGGCCGCGUCUGGACGCCUGCCAGGGACGACGACCCGCUCCGCGCGCUCUUCCGCGUGAUCUCGUCGUCGAAGGCGUUCUACGCGGCGCAGAAGCACUCCGCAGCGCUCUGGUAAACAUCAAAACUUAAACGAGGGGGCGGGGACAACUUCCACAACU